AAAAUGUCAAACAAACCUAUCAAAAUGGCAGCUAUGUAUUGAUGUCGAGAAAGAUAAUUUAUUUUACAAAAUUCUGUGAAAUUUGUUAUUGAACCUUUGAAACUUAUUAAUAUUAAAUCCCGCAACAUGCGUUGCCUGCUAGUUAUAUUCGGUUUGGCCGCUACAGGCGCAAUCUGUGUGUCGGGGCAGUCCUAUGAAGAUAAGCGGUGCAAGUGUGUGUGUCCGAGUCCCUCCGCAGUCCUCAACAACAACUCAACUAGUAACAACACCACGUCGGACAGGAAACUCUACAUUGCAAAUGUACACCCUAAUAAAUGUAACUGCGACGGGGUGAUUCUGCCACAAGUGGGAGAACUCAUCAAGGGACGGGAGCAGGAGUUCUGUCCUCGCUGCGAGUGCAAGUACGAGAACAGGAACACCACCAUCAUUAAGGUGGUGGUGAUAAUAGUUAUCUGGGUGAUAAUGCUUCUGGUGGUCUACAUGGGCUUCCUGAUAUGUCUGGACCCGCUCAUCAACAAGCGAGCCAAGGCAUCUUAUCAGGAGCACACCAAUGAAGACGACGAAUCCUCAACUGCGGGCGCUUCUGGCCAGCCGAUGGGCGUCCGGGGCAAUGUGCUGAACCGAGUCACUCACCAGCAGGACAAGUGGAAGCGACAGGUUCGCGAGCAGCGACGCAACAUCUACGAUAACCACACUAUGCUUAACUAGUAGACCGAUCAACGGGGUCCCCGGGGCGCCUGGACUAUCUCCCCGUCUGACCCUCCAAUGGGUGACGUUGCAUUGUACUAGCUUGUAACGUAUAUUAUAUGGAAGGUAGAGGCAAGGAUCAAUCUCCAUGUACCAAAAAGUGUCACCAAAAAACUUUAAAUAGGUGGCGCUACAAUACAAAGCAUACUUGAAAAAAAAAAAUCAUAGACAGCGUACUUCACUCCGUGAAUAACGCCUAGGUUCUUAGCUACUCUAGCGCUACUCUGGAAAGAUUUGGAACUAUUAUUUAUAGCUGACAGGCAGAAACUUUUGCAGUAGUUCUACCAUAGGAGAUAAUAAUAUCACUACUUUUAAUUCUACACUCCAUAGUAUAUUAGCCGUACCACGAGUGACGUUUACGUUAGUGAGUGCGUGAUAUCGAUCCCAGUCUGUCUCGCUCGCACUGAUGUAUUGGUAGAGAGGGAAUGCGAUCGAGUUUGCUAAAGUAAAUGUCAAAUGCCAACUCGUAGCCGGGGUCGUUUUGGAAAUAUGUUUGUCGAAGUAUUCCUGGGUGAAUCAUUGAAUUAAUGAUAUUUUAUCCCGUUAGCCAGGUGACAGUAAUAGUAGAGAUGCCAUGAAUUUUCGGCAACUAUUCGGUAUUUGACGACUUCGCCGAAUAUUCGGUCAACUAUUGCGUACUAUUCGGUCGAAUACCGAAUACCCAAUUACACGUACUUAUGAAAAAAAAUAGGCAUAGUUAAAAUGUACUUCAAACCAUAAUAAUGAAUAUUUAAAAUGCAUUCUCGGAAAGCUGUUUUCAUAAAAUAAUAUUUUUGAAUAUUUAUCGCUGGCAAACGAUUUUAUUUUGAUCGUAGGCUAGAUUUGCUUGUCUUUUGACUACGUACACUACUUAUGAGCGAUACAACUGAAACCUUAGCGGCCUCGGCCGACAAGAUGACCCUCGGUAUUCGGCCAAAACUUUUUGUAGCAUCAUAUAAAUGUAUAUUUAGAUUAAAUGUAAAAUUAUGAUAAUUAUUUUAAUACAGGGUGAAAGCUAUUUCGGUACCCGAUUUUUAAUGUGUUGUUUAACGAUAACAGGUAUUGUCAUUGUCAAACAUCGGAUUUUUGGGGGCGAAACCAAAUCGAUAGAGUCAGAGCAAGCUAAGUUGGCAGCGGUUUUGACAGCCCAGACAGUCCAAGUGUUAUUUUAAACUUCUAUGAAAUUAUGACGUUUACUUAACACAUGCGCAGGCUGGGCUAUCAAUUUCGCUGCCAACUUAGUGUGGUCUGACUCUAGUUGGGUUUAUCGGCAUAGGAACUCUCGACCGGUUUGAUCUUACCCCCAAAAGUCCAAUGUCUGGUUAUUGUAACUAUUCAUAGUGUAUUACAUUUUCAGUAUAUAUACCGCUUUUCAAAACAUGUGGUAUAUUUAUAGUUGUGCCGUUCUCCAGAGCGUUUCCCGGCUUGUAUGAGAACUGUUCUCGCGCGAGAACAUUCCCUAUAGUAAACGAAGAACGUUCUCGAGAACGGCAGUAGGUACAAU